AUGCCGAACCGGGGGCCAGAUAAAGCCGUCCGUGCCCAAGUUUCUGUCCUCCUCCUCUACUCAGAUGGCCCUCGUUCCACAGGCUGGCGGGAACACAUGGAGCGCCGCCGCAGAUUUGAGUUUGAGUUUCGAGACCGAGAUGAUGAGCGAGGUUACCGAAGGGUGCGCUCUGGCAGUGGGAGCAUAGAUGACGACAGGGAUAGCUUGCCAGAGUGGUGUUUAGAGGACGCCGAAGAAGAAAUGGGCACGUUUGACUCAUCUGGAGCAUUCCUCUCUCUAAAAAAAGUGCAGAAAGAACCUAUUCCUGAAGAGCAGGAAAUGGACUUUAGACCUGUGGAGGAGGGAGAAGAGCGCUCUGACUCGGACAACAGCCAUAAUGAAGAGGCCAAAGAACUUGAUAAGGCAAAUAAGGAGGGAGAAAAAACGGACAGAGCAGUAGCUGCUGAAGCUAAUGAGGAAGUACCCCAGACGUCAUUAUCAUCUGCUAGGCCAAGCACCCCUUCAGAUCACCAGCCUCAAGAAGCACCACAGUUGGAGAGGAGAGAGGAGCCCAAAGCUGAACAAAUGGAACAACCUGAAGAAGAGACUCGGGGAGAAAAGAGUCUUCCAGUCAAGGGCCCCAGCAGAGGGGAUGAAACAGUGCCUGCCUCCCAGCAGCCUUCGACCCAGCUUCCUCCAGACACAGCCUCUCCUCUCCUCAUCCUUCCACCUCCUGGUCCCACUCCUGCUUCUGCCUCACAGCCGGUCGAGACAGCAGCCGGUGAAGCUCCUGGUGUGGGCGGUGUUCCCACAGAGCCAGAUGAUGAAGAGGGCCUCAAACACUUGGAACAGCAAGCUGAGAAGAUGGUGGCUUAUCUCCAAGACAGUGCACUAGAUGACGAGAGAUUGACAUCGAAACUGCAGGAGCACAGAGCUAAAGGGGUGUCGGUCCCACUGAUGCACGAAGCAAUGCAAAAGUGGUAUUACAAAGACCCUCAGGGGGAGAUCCAAGGUCCCUUUAACAACCAGGAGAUGACUGAAUGGUUUCAGGCCGGCUAUUUUACUAUGUCUUUGCUUGUGAAGAGAGCAUGUGAUGAAAGCUUCCAGCCUCUUGGUGAUAUCAUGAAAAUGUGGGGAAGGGUUCCUUUCUCUCCAGGCCCAGCUCCUCCUCCUCAUAUGGGAGAAUUGGACCAGGAACGCCUGACCAGACAGCAGGAACUCAAUGCCUUAUACCAGAUGCAGCACCUCCAGUACCAGCAGUUCUUAAUACAACAACAGUAUGCACAGGUUUUGGCUCAACAGCAGAAAGCAGCUUUGUCAUCUCAGCAGCAGCAGCAGCUGGCUCUUCUUCUCCAGCAGUUCCAAGCUCUGAAGAUGAGAAUAUCUGAUCAGAACAUCAUUCCCUCAGUAACUAGGUCUGUGUCAGUGCCGGAUACUGGCUCUAUCUGGGAGCUUCAGCCAGCAACCUCACAGCCCGCAGUUUGGGAAGGUGGUAGUGUAUGGGAUCUUCCCCUGGACACCACGACACCAGGCCCUUCCCUGGAACAGCUUCAGCAGCUAGAGAAAGCCAAAGCUGCAAAGUUAGAGCAGGAGAGAAGAGAAGCAGAAAUGAGGGCAAAAAGGGAAGAGGAGGAGCGGAAGCGGCAAGAAGAGCUCCGGAGACAACAGGAGGAAAUUCUUCGGAGGCAGCAGGAGGAAGAAAGGAAAAGACGAGAAGAAGAGGAGCUGGCCAGAAGGAAGCAGGAGGAGGCCCUGCGACGCCAGCGGGAGCAAGAGAUGGCGCUGAGGCGGCAGCGGGAAGAGGAGGAGAGGCAGCAGCAGGAGGAGGCGCUUAGAAGACUAGAGGAGAGGAGGCGAGAGGAGGAAGAGAGGCGGAAGCAGGGAGAACUGCUCCGCAAACAGGAAGAGGAGGCUGCCAAAUGGGCCCGGGAAGAAGAGGAAGCCCAGCGUCGACUGGAAGAGAACCGGCUGCGCAUGGAGGAGGAGGCAGCCAGACUUCGGCACGAGGAGGAGGAACGAAAACGGAAGGAGCUGGAGCUGCAGCGGCAGAAGGAGCUGCUGCGCCAGAGGCAGCAGCAGCAAGAGGCUCUCCGCAGGUUACAGCAGCAGCAGCAGCAGCAGCAGCUUGCCCAGAUGAAGCUUCCUUCUUCUUCAACGUGGGGUCAGCAGUCUAACACAACAACGUGUCAGUCCCAGGCCACGCUGUCGUUGGCUGAGAUCCAGAAGCUGGAAGAAGAACGAGAGCGGCAGCUCCGAGAAGAGCAAAGGCGUCAGCAGAGGGAAUUGAUGAAAGCUCUCCAGCAGCAGCAGCAACAGCAGCAGCAGCAGAAGCUCUCAGGUUGGGGGAAUGUCAGCAAACCUCCAGGUACCACCAAGUCUCUUCUGGAGAUCCAGCAGGAAGAGGCCAGGCAGAUGCAGCAGCAGCAACAGCAGCAGCAACAGCAGCACCAGCAAACAAACAGAGCCCGGAACAGCACACAUUCCAACCUGCACACCAGCAUUGGGAAUUCUGUAUGGGGCUCUAUAAACACAGGUCCUCCUAACCAGUGGGCGUCUGAUCUAGUCAGUAGUAUCUGGAGUAAUGCAGACACUAAAAACUCCAACAUGGGGUUUUGGGAUGAUGCAGUGAAAGAGGUGGGACCUAGAAAUUCAACAAAUAAAAAUAAAAACAACGCCAGUCUCAGUAAAUCUGUAGGUGUGUCUAACCGGCAGAAUAAGAAAGUAGAAGAAGAAGAAAAGUUGCUGAAGCUCUUUCAGGGAGUAAAUAAAGCCCAAGAUGGAUUUACCCAGUGGUGUGAACAGAUGCUUCAUGCCCUUAAUACGGCAAAUAACUUGGAUGUUCCCACGUUUGUUUCUUUCUUGAAAGAAGUGGAAUCUCCUUAUGAAGUCCACGACUAUAUCAGGGCCUAUUUAGGAGAUACCUCUGAGGCCAAGGAGUUUGCCAAGCAGUUCCUUGAGCGCCGUGCCAAACAGAAAGCCAACCAACAGCGUCAGCAGCAGCAGCAGCAACAGCAGCAGCAGCAGCAGCAGCAGCAGCAGCAGCAGGACUCUGUUUGGGGCAUGAACCAUAGUACACUCCAUUCGGUAUUUCAGACCAAUCAAAGCAACAACCAACAAUCCAGUUUUGAGGCUGUUCAAAGUGGCAAAAAGAAGAAAAAGCAGAAGAUGGUUCGAGCAGAUCCCAGUUUAUUAGGGUUUUCCGUCAAUGCGUCAUCAGAGCGACUCAACAUGGGUGAGAUUGAGACUCUGGAUGACUACUGAUGAUGUACUGAUGCUGAGUACCUGCCGCUGUGCCAGCCUUCCCUCCUGCCUAAUGACCAUGGAUUCUCCUCGUUGGACACAACAUGCAUUCACCAUUUGCUCUCUGUCACUCUGCAACAAAUCACAGAACCAAUCAUCUCAGGCUUUUUUUUUCUAGCCUUUCGUGUCCAAGAUUAUUUUAAACCACUGUUGGUGAGCAUCUCAGACUGUCCCUAAGUGGACCAGACCCUUUGUCUUGGGGGUGGCAGUUGGGAUUGCUCACCAGCAGGGCUGAUAUUGGCAGCACACAUUGACUGUGCGUUGAUUUCAUCUACUGUCUCCUGAAAGUGUGUUGGAAUCUGCCAAGAGCAGGCUCCUUUCUCUGGUCACUGUUUUUGUUUGUUUUGUUCUUUCUCUCCCCCCCUCCUCCCCAGUACAGGCAAAGGGUCUAAACUGGCGCAGUCAUGAAGAGAGUUAAUGGUUAAUUGACAUUGGCUAGCAACAAAUGCUCCCCUGGACGGUGACUCCACUAUAGCCAGAGCCAGGCGGAACCCUGUCUAGAGGUUACAUGGCCAUUGCUAACUUGGGGACUGCAUCAGAGGCCCUGAGCGGGUGGAUUGUAGACUGGCUGUGUGAUGUUGCACAUCCUUCACUUAUUCUUUCUGGAUAUCUUUCUGGAGAAAGGAUUCAUGUUUUCUUCAUUAGCUAGUGACUUUCCAAGCAAGCUGAGUUCUCCCCUGACAUACUCCAACCUUACUGGACAAAGGAAACCCUAUGGCCUGGGACAGGGACUUGUAAUUUUCCUUUCAUAUAAAAACUGAUUUUUCCCCAUAAAUAUUUUUACUUCAAAGGACUAGGACCAGUUUGUUUUGGGCCCUUCUGUGAAAAUUUGUCUCGUUUAAGAGGCAUCUUUACCAUAUGUAUGAAUUUGUGUAACUUCAACUCGGAUAGGGAUAAACUUUUGCUUCUGAUAAAAGCUGGGAAUUUCAUCUGUUCCUCAGAGCACUGUGUGUGUGUGUGUGUGUGUGUGUGUGUGUGUGUGUGUGUGUUUAGCCGUGGCCUUGAAAGGUUUUUUGUAAAGAUUCUGGGAUGGCAAGUUGUUUGCCUUUUCUGAAAAGAGAACAUACAAAAUCUGACCAUCUUUAAGACCUUCAUCCGUGGAAACCACUAUGCAGGAGGAUGCAGUGGGAUGGAGGGCAUGGGCAAGAACGGGGAGGAAGAGGCCUGCUCCUACCCAUUCACAUCAAGUAGAAAUGUACUCAAGCUCUAUUUAGAACUGAUGGCCUCCCCCAGACGCAUGUAGAACAUCACCUGGGAUGGUCAGGCAUACCUCAUGGGAGCUGUGGGCCUGCUGUGCCUGUGCACGAGGUGCUGUGCCAGGCAGCUGUAGGUGAAGUCCCUUCCCUUUCUUCAUCGGUGCCCGGAGAAGGCUGGAGUUGCCCUGAGAGCAAUUUGGUUUUGGAGGGUUGUAUUUGCUUUCUAUUUUUAUUAUUUUGGAUCACCAUUCUCCCUAUCCCUUCUUGCCUCUCCCUCCUAAACAUGUAUAAUAACUAUACAGAGACUGCUACAAACUUGUAAAUAGUUUUUGGAUCAAAUAGCAUAAGGAGAUGGGGGACCAUUAAAAAGUGAGGCUCCUAUUCUCCUUUGCUUUGUAAAUUCAAAAGAGGGGGGUGGGGAAGAGGGAUAGUUAAAAUGUUUACAAAACUUUAAGCUCCCUCGGAACUUUUGCCAGUGUGGAGGAAAAUAAAAAAGAACUUAAAUAAAAUGUGGUUGUGCUC